CUUAGUGAACAGGUCAACAUUCUUGGUCCAGCGCUCUACCCUCAAAUACCUCUUUUGCUACGCGGACAGGUUCUUCUCAGACUCCUUUAGGUGCUUUCUCAGGGGGGAGCUCGAGAGCUUCGAGUAGAAGUGUGAACUGAAAACAUAAACAUUGUCUCUAUCCUCCUUGUUAAGAACCUGGUUGUGUAGAUAGGUCAGAUAGAAGUCGACAAUAGUAUCAUUCACGUACUCCCCCUCCUCGAGGCUCCGGUAGUCUUCGGAGGUUACAAUCACGGUGCUAGAACAACGCUCCUCAGGGAACUGACAGAGUUCAAUCACGGGCUGAUCACUUCCUUGUAAUGUUCUGCGAUGGUUUGUCGUAACAUCUUCUUCCGCUCAUAAUGAAGCCAAUAAGAAUUCAGAGCUUUAUUAACUGUUGAUUUGAUUUACAACAACUUUCCCGAUUCCAAAGUUAUGAGUUAUCCUACUUUUUUGUUUUCUUAAUCUGGUUCACAGAAGAUCUCAUCCUAAUCAAAGUAUCAUGCAUUACAUUAACUAUACCUUCAGAUAAAAUGGGGAAACGUAAGGGAAAGAGUGUCCGUAAAAAUAAACAGGUAUCGUUACGGGAGGAGGAUGAUGAGAUUUCCCAAGCACCACACUCAUUUGUCGUCCAUAGAGGCAAAACCGGGAAAUUCGUUCAGGAACUAUGCAAGGAUUUUAGAAAGGUGAUGGAACCGUUUACUGCGUCUAAUAUCAAGGCUAGACCGAAGAAUGUAGUUAAAGAUUUUGUUCAUGUGGCGGGAUUACUCAAGGUUUCACAUCUGUGUAUGUUUACAAAAACUGCUCUGGGUCCCUAUCUCAAGAUUGCAAGAUUCCCCAGGGGCCCUACUUUAACUUUUAAGAUAAAAGAAUACUCCCUCGGCAGGGAUGUGAGAUCAUCUUUGAAGCGUCAAAUUACCUACGAGAAACAAUAUCUUCACCACCCACUCUUAGUAAUGAAUAAUUUUCCCUCUGAGGAACGAGAGUUUCAGCUUUGUACUUCAAUGUUCCAGAAUAUGUUCCCUACAAUUAAUGUCACCAAGGUUCGUCUGAGUAAUAUUAGAAGAUGUGUUCUGAUAAACUACAACAAGGACACAGGGCUUAUAGAUUUCAGGCACUACACAAUUAAGGUUGUUCCUGUUGGAGUUAACCGUGGUGUCAAGAAAAUCGUUAAUAGCAAAAUCCCGAACUUGGGAAGAUUGGAGAAUAUGGCGGAUCUUGUAACUAACGGAGGCUGUGUAUCUGACAGCGAGGCCGAGGAUGACGAGCAGAGCAAGGUUGUUCUACCCCAGGAGAUGUCAAUCCGUGGAGCAAUAACAGCUCAGCAGAGCAGUGUUAGACUAGUGGAACUUGGACCUAGGAUAAGCAUGGAAUUGAUCAAGAUCGAGGAUGGUCUACUGGAUGGAGAAAUCAUGUUCCAUAAAUAUAUUCAGAAAACUGAUGAAGAAGUCAAACAAAUAAGGCUCCGGCGUGAACAGAGGAAGCAUGAGAAGGAGAAGCGGAAGAAGGAACAGGAAGCAAAUGUCCGAAAGAAGGAUGCUCUGAAGAAUAAGAACAAAGAGAAGGCCCUGGACGGGAUGAGAACUCAUGAACUGGAACUAACAGGGAAGGAGAAGAGAGCUGUCAAGGCCUGGCAAGGAGAAAACGCGGAGAAGAACGGUAGUGGAGAUGAGGAUGAUGAUGAAGAGUGGUACAGACAAGAGGUUGGAGAAGAACCAGAGAAGGAACUAUUCUCCAACAGCAACCAAGGAACGGGGAAAAUAAACGCCGGGAAAAGGUUCUCCAACAAGAAGAGUAAACCUAGAGAAGGGUUCAAUCAAGACAGGGAUAGUCGAGGCAAGGAGGGUUUCCGCGGCCGAGGGAAGGACGGAGGAGAUAGGAGUAAAAGUAGAGAUGGAGGACGGAGUAAAAGCAAGGACGGAGGAAGGAGUAAGAGCCGGGAUGGGGGAAGAGAUAAGAAGAUGAGGAAACCGAAGGUGUUUAACAGUGAUGGUGUCGGACCCAACUAUAAGGGUAGAGGAGGAGGAGGAGGGGGGCGGGGAGCACCCUCAGCUAAACCUGGAAAAAUGAGAGGAGUCAAGGGAGGAAAGAUUCAGAAGAACCGAAAACGAUGAUUCUUCACAGAUGUUUAAUCGUCCACCAGGCUGUGAUUUUUUUAAAUAAAUUUUUUUCCAAGAU